UUCUUUUGUUCUUGCUUCUCUUCUUUUUAUUUUUUUUUUCUUUUAUUCUUUUGAAUUUUCUGGGGAACAUCUUUUUGUUCUCGGUUUCUCCGACUCUUUCCACUUGAACUAAGGUUAAGAGAGAAAAACAAAGUGAUAGAGAAAAAUGAGUAGGGGUGGUGGAGAAAUGGAAGAGAGACUACUAAACGAGUCAGAGACAGAACAGAGGAGGGAGAUCCUCUACCUGAGAAAGAAGAUCUGGACUGAAGUAGGGAAGAUGUGGAGAAUAGCUUUACCAUCAACUUUGUUCAGAGUGACGUCGUUUGGGUGCAUUGUGGUGGCUCAAGCCUUCAUUGGUCACUCCAGUGAUACGGGUAUCGCUGCUUAUGCUCUCCUUCAAACCACUUUCAUGCGCUUCGUCUACGGUAUUAUGGCAGGUAUGUCAAGUGCUACGGAGACGUUAUGUGGACAAGCAUACGGAGCACAACAAUACCACAUGAUGGGGAUAUACUUACAACGUUCUUGGAUAGUAGACACCUUUAUAGCCACUCUCUUCGUCCCUUUCAUUGUCUUCGCGGGUCCCAUUCUCCGGGCACUAGGCCAAAACGUUGAAAUCACUGAGACGGUAGACGAGAUCUACGCUUGGGUCAUCCCUUAUCUCUACAGCAUCGUGUUCACAAUGACAAUGCAAAUGUACCUCCAAGCGCAGAUGAAAAAUGCCAUCAUAGGCGUUCUCUCCGUCAUAGCCCUGGUCUUGGACAUCGCAGUGACGUGGUGGUGUGUUAGCGUGAUGGGGAUGGGGAUCCAUGGUGCGCUUCUAGGGCUUAAUGUUAGCUCGUGGUCAAUGGUAAUAGCCGAGUUUGUGUAUGUCUUUGGAGGGUGGUGCCCGCAUACUUGGACUGGCUUUAGCACUGCUGCUUUUGUUGAUCUUAUUCCCAUGCUCAAGUUAUCUGUUACCUCCGGCUUCAUGCUCUGCUUAGAGUACUGGUAUACGAGCAUCCUCGUCUUGAUGUCUGGAUAUGCAAAGGAUGCAAAUAUCGCAAUUUCUGCUUUCGCCAUAUGCCAAUAUAUAUACACGUGGGAGCUGAACAUAUGCCUCGGCUUCUUUGGUGCAGCAUGCGUACGAGUGGCAAACGAAUUGGGAAAAGGUGAUGCGGACGCGGUGAAGUUCUCGAUAAAAGUGGUGCUUGUGGUAUCAGCGGUGAUCGGUGUGAUAUGUUCCGCUCUUUGCCUAGCGUUCGGUGGUCAAAUUUCGUAUUUGUUCUCCGAUAGCCAUGCAGUUUCGGACGCGGUCGCUGAUCUCUCCAUUGUCCUUAGCAUAUCUAUAAUCCUCAACAUCAUCCAGCCCAUUCUCUCUGGGGUUGCAAUCGGAGCAGGGAUGCAAAGUAUGGUAGCAAUUGUGAACUUAUCAACUUAUUAUGCAGUUGGUGUUCCUUUAGGUGUCCUCUUUAUUUGGGUUUUCCAUUUUGGUGUUAAGGGACUCUGGUCUGGAAUGCUGGUUGGAGUUGCUCUCCAGACGUUGAUAUUGUGUUAUGUUAUUUACAAAACUGACUGGGAAGUGGAGGUUAAGAAGACGAGCGAGCGUAUGAAAGCGUGGUCUCUAACAUUACAAGAACCGGGUGCUAUUUCGCCAAGAGAUGAAGAAAGGAAGUGAUACAUAUAUAUAAAAUAUUUCAUCAUUUUAAAGAAGUUUUAUUUUAUUUUUAAUUGUCUUCUGAAAAAAAAAAUCUGCGUUAUUUUGUGUUUUUUUUUUACAUUCGCUUUAAAAUAAGUACAUUUGCUGAAAUUGCAUUAUUAGGUUAAUGCAAUUGCAUAAUCUUUUUUUUUAACAAAAAAAAGGUUAAGAAUGUUGAACUUUUUCUUUUGGUCGGAGAAAAAGAUCGUUAAAAAAAAAAGUUUUUAUUGGGAUUGACUUUUUUUUUCUCGUAUAUGGGAGGUUUGAAAUUUUAGUUUUACUUAAAGCUUUUCGGUUGAAUGUAUAUUUUGUUUGUAAAAAAAAAGAACGAAUUGUUUGAGUGCUUGUAAUCGUGAAUUCUUAUA